CCCCUCUACGUAACGCGGGCGUAUAAAGAGUCGUUUCGCGUUGACAGCAGUGUCUGUUCAUUCUAGACCUAUCUGCAACUUUGAUCAACCCAAAAGCACAAAACAUGGCGAGCACACAAAAUCUCCAGGCGUCGAAGCUGUUCUCAGUUGAGGACUAUGUUUGCGUGGUCACUGGUGGUGGUUCUGGUAUCGGGCUGAUGGCUGCACAAGCAUUGGCAGCAAAUGGCGCAAAAGUAUACAUCACAGGUCGCCGCCAGGAGGCUCUCGAGAAUGCUGUCAAAUCGCACAACCCCAAGGACCGAGGCCAGAUCAUUGCUCUUAGCCCAUGCGAUGUGACUAAGAAGUCCGACCUCGAGAAGAUGUACGAGGAGUUGUCAAAGAAGGAGAAGUACAUCAAUCUUCUCGUCGCUGCAGCUGGUAUCAGCAGCGAGAAAGCCGAGCCUGAUGCAGAGAAAGCCACGGAGAUGAAGCAGAAGCUCUGGGACAACGAGACUUUCGAGGACUGGGCCCAGACGUACAACACCGACGUCAGCUCUGUGUACUUCACCACUGUCGUCCUGCUUCCCCUUCUCCAGGCGGGCACCGAGACCCACGGUCACCUCUCAGCCUCAGUCAUCGUCAUCAGCUCCAUGUCUGGAAUCAUGCGCCACGCGCAGGGGCACUUCAGCUACAACGCCGCAAAGGGCGGUACCGUCCAUUUGACCAAGCUCAUGUCGGCCGAGUUCCAGAAACUAAGAAUCAGGGUCAACUCAAUCGCGCCGGGAUACUUUCCGUCGGAGAUGACUGCAAAAGAGAGUGACGAGAACCAGAAGAGCCAUUUGCCUGACGAGAAGAUCCAGGAGAAGGGCCAUGUUCCUCACGGACGAGCUGGCCAUGACGAGGAGAUGGCACAGGCUGUGCUCUUCCUCACGAAGAACUCUUAUGUCAACGGCGAGAUUAUCGCUGUUGAUGGCGGCGUGCUCAAUGUCGUCGCCGGACGAUGAGCUAGUGAAUAAUGAACGAUGGGAAUGCAUAGCAUAGGGACGGCGCAUGGCGAAGAAAGAUAGAUAGAAUUGACUGUCGAGCAUAAUGAAGGAAAUGAUACCCAAGCAAA